AUGGCCACUGCCACCAGCCAGGCACAGGAACUCAUAACCUGUGACCUUUGUGUCAAACCUGUCCAGCAAUUCUGUAACAGCUGCCAAGUCGGUCUUUGUAAAGACUGUAUCAACAAACAUGUCAACAGCCUCAAGUCCAUGAAGCAUGACAUUGUUCCUUUCACCAAGCGUACAGUACAGCUUGUGUUCCCUCAGUGUACAUCUCAUUCCCACCAGAAAUGUGAGGCCCACUGUCAACAGUGUGAUGGCCCAGUCUGCAUCAAAUGUCUUUCAGGACCCAUUCAUAAAGGUCAUGACAUUGUGGACAUGGCAGAUAUCAUUGCUGCCAAGAGAGAAAAAAUCAAAAGAGAAACUGAGAAAAUUGAGGACAUUAUUUCUGAGAACACAGCACAAGACAAAAGCACUGAAACGAAACUUUCCAAAUCCAUGGCCCAUUAUGCAGAUUUACAGAAACAGACCAAAGAUAACAGAAAACACUGGCACCUAGAGGUGGACAACAUCUUUAACAAAAUGGAAUCCCUGAUCCAGUCACUCAGAGAUCAUCAAAUUACAAGUCUAAAAUCAUGCCAGUCCAACCUCAGAAGUCAGAAUUCCAGUAUGAUCCAAACUGUUCAAGAAAACAAGGAAAUCCUGAAGUCCAACAAAGUGUCUGAUGUCAACAAUUACCAAUCCAAACUGAAGGAAUACAAGGAAAUUCCACAAAUACCUGAUUUUUCAUUGCCCUCAUUUCAAACAAACUCAGUCCAAGGGAGAGAACUCAGCAUAGAAUUAGGAGAAUACAAGGCUACACUGACACAGACAUCACUAUCCAGUCUGACAGAUGUAGUCUCCUUUUUAUCUGUUAAGGAAUUAUUAGAAGAGGCCAAAGUGAUUGCAAACAUUCCGACAAAUGUUAAAAAAUUAUAUAAAGUGGUCUGUGUAGGAUCAGAUAAAGCUUGUAUUAGUGGAGAAGACAAAAUAAUAACCUGUGUAGACAUACAUGGAGCUGUACAUGGCACUGUCACCAGUACAUGUGUAGAUUUUCCUAAUGACAUUACGGUGACCAGACAUGGAGAACUAAUAUACAGUGAUGGUUAUAAUGGAACUGUGAACAUUGUCAGAGAUUGGAAGACAGAGACACUGAUCACUACACCAAAGGGCUGGAUUCCAAUAGGACUGUGCUGUACCAGGUCAGGGGACAUCCUUGUUGGUAUGAGUACUACUGAUAAAAGUCAUCAUAAAAUAGUCCGUUAUCAGGGACAGAGAGUGACACAGGAAAUAGAUAAAGAUGAAAAUGGUGAUCCAAUCUAUCAAGGAGGAGAAAACGCAGUGUUUGUGGUGGAUAACUACAAUGGAGACAUAGUGGCCUCUGAUGGUAAUGCUAUCACAGUGGUUGUGGUGGACAGGACAGGAAAAGUCAAAUUUAGAUACAAUAACAAGCCUCCAGGCGGAAAGAAAUCAUUCUGUCCUGAACAAAUAGUGACAGACUCCAUGGGUCAUAUCAUUGUGACAGAUCCACUCAAUAAAUGUCUGCAAAUCCUAGAUCAGAAUGGACAGUUCCUCAGAUGUGUGGGCAAACUUGGAGGAGAUACACCUGGUGGACUGAGUGUGGAUAGUGAGGGGAGGUUGUGGGUAGGGAUACUUAAUUCAACGAAAGUGAGAGUCAUACAAUACAUAAAAUAA